AAAUACAUAUAUAUAUAUGAAAAUGGAAGUUGGAAAAAUCAUUAAUCAUGCAUUGAUACAAUGACUAUUGCUUUUUAAUCUAGAACCACCUAGAACUUCCUUACGGGUAGAUAUGUUUAGCUAGAUGCUCCAUGGCUAUAUAAAGCAAUUGGACUUGAAGUCAACGAACUAGUUAAAGUUUUGAUCGUGACGCUGUUCUAGACGAAAAAUUUAUUGUGAUAUUUGCAUUUACCGAUUUCUGAAAUGGAAUUGCCACAUUUAGGACAACAGUGUUCAAACAGCGAUUGCAAAAAACUUAAUUUCCUCCCAAUAAAGUGCGACGCUUGCAAGUUAUUAUUUUGUGAAGAUCAUUACAGCUACAGUAACCACAAUUGCUCAAAUUCAUAUAUGAAAAACAAUCAAGUGCCUGUUUGCCCCCUUUGCAGUAAGCCUAUUCCCGUUGGAAGAGGCCUAUCUCCGGAUGUUGUAGUGGGAGCACACAUUGACAGUGACUGCCAGUCAGAUCCAGCCAAGUCCAGAAGAAAAGUAUUUACAAACAGAUGCACCUUCAAGAAGUGUAAAAACAAAGAGCUCCUUCCAGUUGUUUGUGAUGCUUGCCGGAUGAAUUUUUGCAUCAAACAUAGACAUCCCACAGAUCACAGUUGUGAAGGAAGUGCAGUCAAAAGACACUGGAUGUCCAUCCCCCAACAGAAUAGUGUGGACUCUCCAAGUAUACAAGGCAAUAUGAGUGAAGAUGAGGCCUUGGCCAGGGCUCUGGCUUUGUCUCUUCAAGAUUCAUGUUCAAAACAGAGCCAGGAAGAGAUAGAUCUGGCCUUGGCAAGACAAUUGCAAGCUUCAGAAUCUCAAGCUGUGACUGCAACCAACAGAAAUUCUAGAGACAGGUGUAAUGUUUCUUAAUAAAAGUGGUUUGAUUCACACUUUGAAAGUAUUUUGUUAUCUAUAAUUAUUGUCACUUAUUCAGGUACCUAUUAUAAUCUUUUGAUUAGCUUCAGACAAAAAUGCAUACUUACUCAUUGAGCACAGAUAUUCUAAAAACUUUGAAGAUUUCCAUUUAACUCUUGUAUAUAAUUUUACAUAUUACAUAUUUUUCUAUAUUACAGAUAUAUUUAAUUCAAUUCCAUGUUCUUUAUUUCCAUCAUUAUUCAAUAAAUCUAAGAU